AUGUCCUUAGAGUUAGCCCAAGAAUUCGUCGACUUUGUCAAUGACCUGCCGACGCCUUACCAUGCCGUCAACAGCGUGAAGAAGAUGCUCACCGGCGCUGGUUUCACCGAGAUCAAUGAGCGCCAAAACUGGAACGACUACAAGCUUAAGAAAGAAGGCAAGUACUUCGUCACCCGGAACGGUUCGUCGCUUGUUGGCUUCACCGUGGGUGGCAAGUUCCAAAAUGGCAACGGUAUCGCCAUUGUGGGGGCUCAUACUGAUUCGCCUUGUUUGCGGAUCAAGCCGAUUUCUAAGCGGACUAAAGAGGGUUUCAUUCAAGUGGGUGUUGAGCAAUAUGGGGGUUUAAUCGCCCACCUGUGGUUCGAUCGGGAUUUACUGAUUGCUGGUCGUGUCUACGUCAACGAAAACGGUCAAUUCGUGCCUAAGCUCCUCAAGAUCGACCAACCUUUGCUCAGAAUCCCCACGUUGGCAAUCCAUUUGGACCGUGAAGUCAAUCAAAAGUUUGAGUUCAACAAGGAAGAACAAUUGGUCCCUAUUGCUGGCCAAGUGGCUUGUGACCCGUUGGAAAAGGAAGACGCUGCUGCUACUGAACUGGGUUGUUGCAAGGGUGAAAAGUUGAACCCGGAAGAGUUUUCUUCCGUCCAGCAUGUCAUUUCUCGUCACAGCAAGCUGCUUAUUGAAGUCAUUGCCAAAGAUCUCGGCGUCGACCCUUCUCAGAUCGAGGAUUUCGAAUUAGUGUUGUAUGACAACCAAAAGUCGGUACUCGGGGGUUUGAACAAGGAGUUUAUUUUCUCCGCUAGAUUGGACAACUUAACCUCGUGCUUCACCGCUACUCAGGGGCUUAUCGACUCCACCAAGACACUUUCUGAGCAACGCGGAAUUAACUUAAUUUCUUUAUUUGACCAUGAGGAGAUUGGGCUGGUGUCCGCUCAGGGGGCAGACUCUACUUUUCUUCCCGAUGUCAUUACCCGCCUUACUAAAGUUAAUUUCGACGGCGGGGAAGCCACUGACUACUUUCACGAGCUGAUGGCGAAAUCCUUUUUGCUUUCGUCCGAUAUGGCUCACGGUGUCCAUCCCAACUACCCCACAAAGUACGAAGCCGUGAACCGCCCGCAAUUAAAUAAGGGGCCGGUGAUCAAGAUCAACGCCAAUCAGAGAUACGCCACCAACUCGCCCGGAAUUGUGUUAUUGAAGAAAACCGCCGAUAUCGCUAGAGUGCCCCUUCAGCUUUUUGUGGUCAGAAACGAUUCUCCCUGUGGCUCAACUAUCGGUCCCAUUUUGUCCGCAAAAUUGGGCAUACGGACUUUAGACUUGGGCAACCCGCAGCUUUCGAUGCAUUCGGUUAGAGAGACCGGGGGUUCGUUCGACAUCGAACCUUUGACGAACUUGUUCGCCAAGUUCUUCGAGAACUACGUCACCUUAGAUGAGAAAAUCUUGUGUGACCACUUAUGA